AUGCUUGAUGCUCAAGGAUACCUCAAACUUAUCGACUUCGGCAUUGCCAAGAAGCUAGAGGAGGGAAAGACUCGAACCUUCACCAUGAUCGGGACUCCGCAUUAUAUGGCCCCGGAGAUCAUGCGAGGACACGGCUACGGCACAGAGGUAGAUUUGUGGUCCCUCGGCGUCAUCCUUUUUGAGUUCGUCUGUGGCUACUUGCCCUUCGCUGAUGAGCUCGACGAUCCCACGGAGGUGUGCACCGCUGUGCUCAAGGACCCGUUGGAUUUCCCUGCUCGGUUCAAGGACGCGCAGUGCAAGACGGUGAUACAAGGCAUGCUCAACCGGCAGCCGAAGAAGCGGCUGGGAGCAGGUCUCAAUGGUUGGGAAGACAUCAGGACGCCAGGGGGGAGUGGGGAAAGGAGGGUGCAGUCAGCUUGA